AUGUCUUCGGAUCCAUCCACAACAGUUACGUCGACUUCGACAACUACGACCACAACCAGUGACUCCAAACCCUCGUCUUUACCCGCACCGAAAACAACAACAAACUACUCCAAAUGGACCAAAAUUAUGGAUGAAUUUAGUAGUGAUGAAGAAGAAGAUCUCUACAAGAAGUAUGGACCUGGUAUGCCUGAAGAUAAGUGGAAGAAACCAAAGAAACCAAAACCAGCUGUGAAGGAGGAGAAACCAACUAGUAAACCGGAGGAGAAGAAAAAGUAA